AUGACUACUGAAAAACAAGAAAAAAUUGACGAACAAAUUCGUCCAUUAUAUGCUGAAUUACAAAAAUAUGGACAAACACAAGAUUGGGAUCGAGCAUUGAAAACUACACGAAAAAUAUUGGGUAUUUCAAGUAAUGAAAAAAAAGCAACACAUUGUAAAAUAGUUUGUUUAAUGCAACUUGAUAAAUUCGAUGAAGCAUUAAAUACUAUUGUGAAAAAUGCAAUUGAUACAGCAGAUUUAUUUUUUGAACGUGCUUAUUGUGAAUAUCGUCUUAAUCGUAUUGAAGAUGCUUAUAGUACAUUAAAAAGUAUUGACAGAGAAUUAAAUGAACGUGAACAAGAACUUCUUGCUCAAGUGCUUUUUAAACUUGAAAAAUAUAAUGAAUGUGUUGGAUAUUAUCGUUCAUUACUUAAAAAUAAUCAGGAUGAAUAUCAAUCAACACGUCAUGCAAAUUUUAUUGCUGCUUUAGCAACAUGGAAAUUAACAGAUUCUUCAAGCAAAAUUCAAAUGGAAUCCAAUGAUUUAAGUGAUGAAACAUAUGAUACAACAUACAAUUCAGCAUGUGUUCUUCUUAGUUCGGGUCAAUAUGUUGAAGCAGAAGUAAAACUUCGAAAGGCUGAUGCUCAAUGUCGACGUGAAUUGGAAGAAGAAGGAGAUAUGAAUGAAGAUGAAAUAUUACGUGAAACUGCAAAUAUUCGAGUACAAUUAGCCUAUUGUCUUCAACAACAAGAUAAAAAUGUCGAAGCAUUAACACUCUACAAUGACGUACUCAAAUCAAAACCAACAGACUUAGCUAUUAUUGCAGUUGCUUCAAAUAAUUUAGCUGUACUUAAUCGUGAUCAAAAUUUAUUUGAUUCACGUAAACGUAUAAAAGUAGCAACAGCACCUGAAACUGAACCAAAAUUAAAUGCUUUUCAAAAGAAAAUUGUUCAAGUUAACGAAGCAUUAUUAGCUAUUCACACGGGACAGCAUGAGACCGCUCGACGUAUUCUUGAUAAUAUGGUAGAAAAAAAUGCUAAUACUGAUGACAGUAUUCCAUUAGCAAAAGUAUCAUUAUUAAUGAAAGAAAAAAAAUUAUCUGAAGCAACUCAAUUAUUACAAGAAUUUAUUGAAAGUGAUAAACAACGACGUAUUUCACUUUAUUGUCGUUUGACAUAUGUUCAACUUCUUCUUUCACAAGGAAAAGUUCAUCAAGCAUGUGAUUAUUUAAGAAGUGAUGAUGAAUUAUUAGUUAAACCGGGCAUUGUAGCAACAUUAGUUACACUUUAUAAUUAUUUAGAAGAUUCAAAAUCUGCUGCACAAGUUCUUAAUGAAGCUGUUGAUCGUUUAUAUAAUCUUGAUCGAACUAAAGGAAAAAAUUCACGUGCACUUGCAUAUUUAAUUAAACAAAAUAUAAUUUAUCAAGAAAAACAAGGCAAUGGAAAACGAGUUACUGAAAUGCUUGAAAUUCUUCAUAAACUUUAUCCAAAUGAUACAAAUACAUUAUCAAAAUUAAUUGUUCAUUAUUUAAAAUCAGAUCCUGAACGAGCUAAUUUAUUAGCACAAAAAUUACCAUCAAUUAAACAAUUAGCUGAAGGUAUUGAUGUUGAUAUGCUUGAAUCAACAUUUGGUAAACGAGUACCAAAAGCAGAAAAAACAAUUGAAAAAAUAAAAGUAGGUGAUUCAAGUUCAACAACAACUACAACAGUAACAACGGCUACAACAAAACAAAAGAAAAAACGAAAACGAAAAGCUCAUUUACCAAAGAAAUAUGAUCCAUUAUCGAAACCUGAUCCUGAACGUUGGUUACCAUUACGUGAACGUUCAUAUUAUCGUGGUAAAAGAGGAAAACGUGGUAAACAAGCUGCUGUUGGCAAAGGUACACAAGGUGCAGUUGGAUCGGAUCAAUCAGCUACUACUACUAUAACAACAUCAACAGGAGCUCAAAGAUCUAUGCCAUCAUCAAAAACAACACCAGGUGCAUCGGGUUCGACAUCAACUCAACCAAAACCAACGCCACCACCAGGCAAAUCCGCUGCGGCUAAGAGAAAAGGAAGACUUAAACUUGUACCCAAAACAAAUAAUGUACAUAAUUGUUGUGUACCAUUAUCUGGUCAUCGUAAUAUUUGUCCAAUUAAGUUAGACGAGAAUUCCGAUAUUCAUCAUGUUAAUAAUCAAAAUAAACAACGACAAAAAGUUGAAGCUUAUGUUUUUAGAAAAUUAGAAGAAUAUUCGAAGAAAAAAACAAUCAAUAUUUUAUGUUCAACAUCUCUUUCUCAUAUUCGUCGACGUUUAAAACAUGAUAUUAAACCUCUAUCGAAACAAUUUGAUCCAAAUACUGUAUCCAAAGAAAAACUUCAUCAAUGGAUUGAUGAAAUUCUUGAGCAAAUUCAAUCACAUAUAUCACAAUUACGAUUAUUAUUUCAAUCACAAGAUAAUCUUGAACAUUUUCUUACAACAGAUAAAUUUUUUUCAUCAAAAAAUAUUGAUAAUCAAUGGAAACAAUUACAAUUACAACAAGCAAAAAAAGUUCUAUUAAAGAAUGCAAAUGAUAAUGAUGAAAAACUUUUAUCAAGAUAUCAAAAAUAUAUUAUAGAAAAAUUUACACCAAAAGAACUUGAAGAUAAUAAACUUAUAUUAAAAAAUCAAAAAAAAAUUCAUUUAAAUGAAAAAUUUCAAGAAGUAGAACAUUUUGGACGAGAAUAUUUAACAAAAAUACUUGAUAAUUAUAAACAACGUCAAUAUCCUAAAUUAGAAUUAGUUCAAGAAAUGAUUGAACUUGGAAUGGAACAAAUGAUUAAAAGACCAAAAAAAGAUGAAUUUCGUCAAGCAUCAUUAUCAUCAAAUAUUCUUGAUAAAGCAACAUUUAUUCUCAAAAGUAAACAAUCAUAUUCAAUGUCUCUUCACAAUCUAGCCGAUGAUUUUAUGCUAUUACGUUUUGGACAUUCCGUAGACGAUGAAAAUAAUAAUGCUGACGAGUCUAUAAGUGAUCGAUUUAUAGUUCGUAUUCAUAUGUUUCUCAAUACAAUUUCUCAACUUGUUUAUUUAUUAAAAGCCACUAACUCAUCUGAAUAUUUUUCACCAUUAUCAUUAUUUAAUCCAUUUAAUUCUGAUUUACCAAAAGAAUAUAUUCUUUCACCAACUAUUUAUAUUGAUGAAUGGACAUGGUUAUUAGAAAAAUGGAAAAUAUCAUUAGAAACAUUGCCAAUUAAUCUUACAAAUCAAGGUGCUUUUAGUCGACUUGUACGUACGACUAUUGGUGUUGGUAUUUCUCGAUUAUUUAGUUUUACUAUAAAUAAUGAACAAGAUGAACUUGAUAAGAAACUUUUUCAAGCACUUCAAAUGGGUUUUUAUUAUGGUAUUGCUUAUGCUCUUGUUGAUGGUCUUCAAGAUAAUCAAAAUCAUCAACAAAAACAAUUUGAUGUUGAUAAAUGGCUUGAAAAAGCAGAAGAUAUUUUAUGUGGUGAUCAAUUAAAUACAUCUUCAUUACCUCAAUUACCAAUUAUUCCACUUCUACUUGAAACAUUUCAUAGUCUUGGUCAACUUACAUCAACAAAUUCAAUUACUGAUCAAACAUUUACUGAUCUUGCUUUACUUCUUCGUUCACAACGAUUAGAUAAAAAAGAUUUAGAAAAAUCCAAUUAUAAUGAUAUUGAUCUUUUUUUAGGUCCUCUAUUAAAAGCUCAUUUUACUUAUACAGCAACAGCUUUUAUGGGUGGAGCAAAUAUAAUUGAAAAUCAUCAACGUUUAUGGAUAACACCUUUUCUAGGACAAUUAACAGAUGAUUGUCGAGAUUUUAAUGAAGAUUAUCAAGCAAAAUCAAUAACACCUGUAACAUAUUAUGUUCAACAUAAUGGUUCAUCAUUUAAUCCAUUUUUUGUUUUUUUAUUCGUUUGUGAAGAUCUUUAUAUAGAAAGUAAUCGUCGAAAGAAUACAGGUGCAUUUUUAGGACGACGAAUAAUGAGAACAUUACGUUCACUUGGAAAUGAUUUUAAUAAAUUUAUUACAAUCUUUACAGAAAAAUCAUAUCCGAAAUUAUAUAAAUAUUUUCUUUCAUUAGAAUAUUUAUUUCCACGUAUUAGUGAUCCUGAAAAAGCAGUAUUUCGUUAUGUUAAUAUAUUUGCAAAUAAUUAUUCUCUUAAUCAUCGAAAACUCGAAACAUUUGUAUAUGAUUGUCAACCAUUGAUUGAAAAACAAUUAUCAAUAGAAACAGAUGAUAAUAAUUUACUUGUUCAUGGUAUGAAUUAUAGUUUAAAAGCAGGUGGAAAACGUUUACGACCUUUACUGUUACUUAUGGUUGCACAACUUUAUAAUAUGGAUAUUAAAAGUGUAUUACCAGUUGCUCGAGCUCUUGAAUAUCUUCAUACAAGUAGUUUAAUAUUCGAUGAUCUUCCAGCACAAGAUAAUGCACCAUUGAGACGAGGUCAACCAACACUGCAUAUGAUGAUUGACAGUGAUCAUAAUAUUAUUCCACCAUCAUUAACUGAAGGACGAGCUCAAUUAAGUGCUGUAAAUCUCAUUGCAUAUGCUAUUCGAUUAGUUACUGUUGAUCUUCAAAAAGAAAAUUUUUCACAUGAAAGUAUAAAUGAAGUUGUUGCUGAAAUAGCACAAUCAAUGAGUGAACUUUGCCAUGGACAAUUUCUUGAUUUACAAUGUUCAAGAACUAAAAAAUCAUUAACAAUUGAUGAACUUGAUCGUAUAGCUUAUUUAAAAACUGGUAAAGCUAUUGAAAUUGCUAUUAUUUGUCCAAUUAUUCUUGCUAAACAAGACCAACCAUUGGAUCGUUUUCGUGAACUUAGUCGAUUAAUGGGUAUUUUAUUUCAAAUGAAAGAUGAUCUACUUGAUGUUGAAGGUGAUACAGAUGAACUUGGAAAAAAAAUCAAUAUUGAUCAAGAAAAUCAAACCAUAACUUAUAUAAGUUUAUUGGGUGUUAAAGGAACACGAAAUCGUAUUGUAAAUAUAAGAAAACAAGUAGAAUCGAUUCUGAAUGAUUUAUGGCCACAAGCUGGUACAAUGCGAGACCUUAUUCAAUAUAUUUGUGAACGAAAAAAAUAA